AUGCCGAUGAUGGAGUGGGCGAGAAGAAGCGUUGUGCAGUUUUUCUCAGAACACGAAGUAAAACUAAAAGAGGAAUGGUUGAACGGCGUUCUGUCAUAUUUGGGUGUGGGACGAGCUUGUACGGACCCUUUGCAAAUUUGUCAGCUUGCCUACGAACAGUGGAUAUUCUCGGACUUGGCCAACAGUACACGUCCAACAAUUUGUUUGCCGUUUUCUGGAGAAGAAUUGGUUUUGGAAAAGCAUGCUAUAGUUCAG